AUGCGGCAACUGUUGCUGAUCUGUGCGCUGGCCUGUGCGGCGGCCGGCGGUGUGUUCGGUGCGUCGUUAACGCGGACCGGCCGUGAGGAGACGGUCCCGCUGGUGGCCGCGCCCGCCGACACGCAGCUGAAGGCCGACGCCGAGAUUCCGGUGGCCGUCGCCGAGGAGAAGGUGCUCGCGGUGGAGCCGGCGCAAGCCGUCCUGGCGGAGCCGGUGCAGGCGGCCGAACCCGUUGCCACUGUCUUGGCCGUCGAAGCUCUGGCCGAUCCGGCCGUCCCCGAGAGCGAGGUGGUGCGCGCCGUCGAGCAGGCGGUGGUGGCCGCCGAACAGCCCGCCGCCCAGCUGAAGGCCGUCGCCGUGGCCGAGGAGCCCGUGGCCGUCCUAUUGGAGAGCGAACAGAAGCCAGCCGAACCCGCCGUCGCAGUGGUUGCCGUUGCCGAGAGUUUGCCCGCCGCCGUCGAGUCGCUGCGCAGCGUGGAGCCGGCGCAGGAGGUGGCCGAACCCGUGGCCGUCGUCGCCGUCGUCCCACAGGAAGCCCAGGAAGCGGCCGUGGCCGUGAGCGAGGUAGAGCCGGUUGAAGCACUGCGUAGCGUCGAGUUGCCGGUCGCAGCCACGCCAGUCGAGGAAGCCCAACCCGUGGCCGCCGCCGCCGUCGUUGCCGUGCCCGCCGUUAAGACCGUCCCAGAGGUGCUGCUGGAAGUGAAGGCGACCGAAGAGAGUGCUGCCCCAGCGGAUGUGCCCGCCGUGAAGGACGUUGAGGUGGCGCCCGUCGAGUCGCUGAAGUCGGUCGAACCGGUCGUCGAAGUGGCCGAGCCCGUCGCCGUCGUGGUCGAGUCGCUGGCGACGAAGGAGGAGGAGGAACCGAAAAAAGAGGUAACCCUGGCCCAGGUAAAGUCCGUGCUUCCGGUCGAGGAGAAGGAACCCGUAGCGCUCGCUCAGGAACCCCUAGCCGCCGCCGCCGCCGCUGUUUUGCCCACCGAGCCGGAGCAGGUCGCUCCGGUUGAGUCGCUCCGGUCCGCCCUUCCCGAGCCAGUCCCGGCCGUCAAGUCCGAACCCGCCGUCGUUGCCGCCGAGAAGGUCGAAGAGAAGGUGCUCGCCGAGGUCACGAAGCCCGCCGUGGCCGAGGAGAAAGUGGUGCCGGCUGUCGAAUCGUUCCGAUCCGUUGCUCCGGUGGUUCCGGUUGAGGAGCCGGUCGCGCUGGCGGUGGCCGAGAAGGUAGCGGAGGCCCCGGCGGUAGCCGAGGUCGAGAAGGUCGUGCCGGCGGUGGAAUCGCUCCGUCAGGCCGCACCCGUCGAAGCCGUCAACGAGCCGGCCGUCGUCGUCGCUGCCGUCGCAACCGAGGAGAAGGAAGAGAAGAAGACUGAGGACGUGGUGGUGCCCGUCGUCAAGAGUGUCCCGGCCGUUCCGGAACCGGUGGCCGAGACCGUCGAGAAGCUGGAAGCGCCGGAGAAGGUGGCUGCCGAGGAAGUGGCCGCGGUGGCCGGACCAGCGCUGAAGUCGGUGGUGCCAAUCGCCGAGGACCUGGCGCCCGUCAAGGAGGUGGAGGCCGAGCCACACCAGGCGCUGCGCGGAAACGAGGUACGCCAGGAGCCGGCCAGCUCCUCGACCACCACCCGUCCCAAUCUUCUCCAGCAGAUCAUUCAACCCGUCAACAACUUCAUCCAAGGUACACCCCUCGGCCAGGUCCUGAAUCGUCCGUCGAGCGCCCCAGCCGCCGCCGCCGCGGCCGCUCCGGCCGCUGAAGCCGGAGCCGAACCCGCCCAGGACGAACCGGCCGCCGCCACCACCGCCGCCCCCAAUCUUGUCCAGCAGCUCGCCCAGAACGUGCAGAACUUUUUCAACCCGAACGCCGCCAGCGCCAACGCCGCCGCCGCCGAGGCCGAGUCGACCACCCGGCCCAACAUCAUCCAGCAGGUCCAGAACGCGGUCGGGUCGGUCUUCAACCGGCCGGCCACCAACUCCGAGCAGCAGCAGCCGCAGCCGCUCAAUCCGAUCCAGAACAUCGUCCAGGGCGUCCAGAACCUCUUCCGGCCAAGCACGGCCAGCCCGGCCACCCAGUCGGAGGGUGCCACCGCCGCGCCCGCCAGCGACACCGGCGUCCAGCAGGAAGCCGAGUCCGCCUAA